AUGCCUCCCCCUCGUGGUCAGCAAAUCCUCGAGGAGGAGCCGACCGUCUGCACGAAAUGCGAACUCACCUUCAAGUCCUUUGCGGACUACCAUAAACACAAGGUCCACAGCCGCCGCCAUAUCGCCUGCGAAGUCUGCUCCCAAGAUUUUGAGAGUCACGAAGCUUGCAAGCAGCACCACGACCUCAUGCACUCCCACGAGCAAGACAUGAGCUGUCCCGGAUGUAACAAGCACUUUACGCGCCUUGGAGGCUUGAUGUCCCAUAUCGAGCUCGCUGAGUGCAAGUACUUCCAAAGAGAGAUUGUCGAGAAGAAUCGCAAGAUGAAGCAGAAUUGGUAUUCCAAUGCUCAGAAUGCCAGAAACUUCCAGGACUACGGAAGAACUGCUGGAGACUUCGACAACAAUAGCCCCAGCCCAUUCACGGCCCCACAGCCUCACAAGCUGCUUCGUGGCCCUGAGGGCGUGAUGCUGGUCACGGCAGAUGGUGAACCUGUCCAAGAUGAAGCUUCUCAGAGUCAAGCCUUGUCUCGAGUCACCAGAUCCGCUUCCCCCGCGCCCACUUUCCGUGGUGACGAUCUCAUGGCUUUCGGCGAACUAACUACGAUGCCACCGGCCCAUCUCUUCACCAAGCCUCCCUCAGUCUUGAAGCAAGAAGACUUCCCCACCUUGACUGUGAAGCUUGGCAGUGUUCCGAAUACACCUGGUGUCGAGUUAAAGGCCGAAAAUGCAUGGGACGCUAAGCAAAAUCUUUUUGCAGGUGCUCCUGCUACGAUUGCUCCUCCGGUCGAGCUCCUUCGGUCUAUGAAUGUCAAGAAUAUUGAGGAAGGAAAAGAGGAUCUAAUGGAUCCCGAUAGUAGGAGCUUCAACGCAAUGAAGUUCUACAUCGAUCUCAUUGGCAAAUUUCGAUGUCCUCACAGAGGCUGCGGCAAGAGUAUCAAGCACAAGGGUGCUUUCAUUCAACACUUGAAGUCCCCUGCCCACCGCAACGAGAAACUCCAAUGCAUCAACUGUCUUCGCUACUUCGCCACUGCCACUGCUCUUACUCAGCAUUGCGAGUCCCAGGGAGUCCGAUGCAAGGUCCGCCAAACAAGCGAAUACGAUGGGGUUAUUGAUGGAAUCACUGGAGGAACUGCUAUCACAGCCGGUCGCCAUGUUGACGAUACCAUCAAAUACGCCGUCAACCCGGAGAUCCUUCCCACGUUGACUACGGCUAGUGUGGUUGAGGCUCACAGGGCUAGGCUCGACGGGAAGAAUAAGAAGCGGCAGCAUUUCUGGGACGAUAGGACAGCAAGGUGGUGA